GGAAGUAAACAAGGCUGCUGGCCGUAGCGUUAGCUGCAUGCUGCUGUUGAAUGAGCUGGAAGACGGUAUUGUAGUCGUAGAGCAGAUGAUUCUUUCAGCUGGAACUAAGCAACAAUGUCUUCAGUUGAGUGUUUGAGAGAGUUUGUCACCGAGCGACUAACUGCUGCUGCUGAAGAAAUAUUCCGAGUUGUUGAAAAAACUAUCGUCGAGUACGAGGAAGAGAUCGCUCGGCAGCGCAGACUGUUGGAUGGCGUUUGGAGACCAGAAAUCAGGUUACACAGGAUAGAGCUCCCACAGCAACAUGGCUGUAAGGAGGAGGAGGUUCUCUCUGACCAGCAGCUCUGUAUUCAGGAGAGGAACUCCAGUCUGGACCAAGAGGACCCAGAUCCUCCACAAAUUACAGAGGACCAGGAGGAACUGUGCACCAGUCAGGAGGGAGAGCAGCUUGUACAGAAGCAGGAGACUGAUACCUUUCGUCACAGUAACAACAUAAACAACAGUGACAUGUCAGAGAUUCACCGUAAUACUCAAACAGAGCUCCCACAGCAACAUGUCUGUAAGGAGGAGGAGGUUCUCUCUGACCAGCAGCUCUGUAUUCAGGAGAGGAACUCCAGUCUGGACCAAGAGGACCCAGAGCCUCCACAGAUUAAAGAGGACCAGGAGGAACUGUGCACCAGUCAGGAGGGAGAGCAGCUUGUACUGAAGCAGGAGACUGAUACCUUUAUGUUGACUCCUACUUAUGAGGAAAGGGACCACAGUGAAGGUCAGACUCUGAACUUCAAUCCUGAUGAUGACACUCUAAGUGCAGCAGAGAAAGAGUCUGUAGCCAACAUGCCAGUUCUAACCUCUGUGGUAUCAGAAGCAAACAGUGACCACCAGCUCCUCUCUCCCAACUCUCAUGAAGCUGAGAGCCAAGAUCAGAAAGGAGGCAAGCAUGGAGACUCAGGACCAACUAGAAAUGCAGAGCCAGAACCAAAGAAGAGACGACGCAAGAGCAGAAGUCACAGCAACAACGUAGACAACACUAACGUGUCAGAGAUUCACCCUAAUACUCAAACAGAGCUCCCACAGCAACAUGUCUGUAAGGAGGAGGAGGUUCUCUCUGACCAGCAGCUCACCAUGCCAGUUAUAACCUCUGUGGAAUCAGAAGCAAACAGUGACCACCAGCUCCUCUCUCACAACUCUCAUGAAGCUGAGAGCCAAGAUCAGAAAGGAGGCAAGCAUGGAGACUCAGGACCAACUAGAAAUGCAGAGCCAGAACCAAAGAAGAGACGACGCAAGAGCAGAAGUCACAGUAACAACGUAGACAACACUAACGUGUCAGAGAUUCACCCUAAUACUCAAACAGAGCUCCCACAGCAACGUGUCUGUAAGGAGGAGGAGGUUCUCUCUGACCAGCAGCUCUGUUUUCAGGAGAGGAACUCCAGUCUGGACCAAGAGGACCCAGAGCCUCCACAGAUUAAAGAGGACCAGGAGGGACUGUGCACCAGUCAGGAGGGAGAGCAGCUUGUACUGAAGCAGGAGACUGAUACCUAUAUGUUGACUCCUACUUAUGAGGAAAGGGACCACAGUGAAGGUCAGACUCUGAACUUCAAUCCUGAUGAUGACACUCUAAGUGCAGCAGAGAAAGAGUCUGUAGCCAACAUGCCAGUUCUAACCUCUGUGGUAUCAGAAGCAAACAGUGACCACCAGCUCCUCUCUCACAACUCUCAUGAAGCUGAGAGCCAAGAUCAGAAAGGAGGCAAGCAUGGAGACUCAGGAUCAACUAGAAAUGCAGAGCCAGAACCAAAGAAGAGACGACGCAAGAGCAGAAGUCACAGCAACAACAUAGACAACACUAACGUGUCAGAGAUUCACCCUAAAACUCAAACAGAGCUCCCACAGCAACAUGUCUGUAAGGAGGAGGAGGUUCUCUCUGACCAGGAGCUCAACAUGCCAGUUAUAACCUCUGUGGUAUCAGAAGCAAACAGUGACCACCAGCUCCUCUCUCCCAACUCUAAUGAAGCUGAGAGCCAAGAUCAGAAAGGAGGCAAGCAUGGAGACUCAGGAUCAACUAGAAAUGCAGAGCCAGAACCAAAGAAGAGACGACGCAAGAGCAGAAGUCACAGCAACAACAACACUAACAUGUCAGAGAUUCACUGUAAUUCUCAAACAGAGCUCCCACAGCAACAUGUCUGUAAGGAGGAGGAGGUUCUCUCUGACCAGCAGCUCUGUAUUCAGGAGAGGAACUCCAGUCUGGACCAAGAAGACCCAGAGCCUCCACAGAUUAAAGAUGAACAGGAGGAACUGUGCACCAGUCAGGAGGGAGAGCAGCUUGUACUGAAGCAGGAGACUGAUACCUUUAUGUUGACUCCUACUUAUGAGGAAAGGGACCACAGUGAAGGUCAGACUCUGAACUUCAAUCCUGAUGAUGACACUCUAUGUGCAGCAGAGAAGGAGUCUGUAGCCAACAUGCCAGUUAUAACCUCUGUGGAAUCCGAAGCAAACAGUGACUACCAGCUCCUCUCUCACAACUCUCAUGAAGCUGAGAGCCAAGAUCAGAAAGGAGGCAAGCAUGGAGACUCAGGAUCAACUAGAAAUGCAGAGCCAGAACCAAAGAAGAGACAAAACAAGAGCAGAAGUCACAGCAACAACUUAGACAACACUAAGGUGUCAGAGAUUCACCCUAAUACUCCAACAGAGCUCCCACAGCAACAUGUCUGUAAGGAGGAGGAGGUUCUCUCUGACCAGCAGCUCUGUAUUCAGGAGAGGAACUCCAGUCUGGACCAAGAGGACCCAGAGCCUCCACAGAUUAAAGAGGACCAGGAGGAACUGUGCACCAGUCAGGAGGGAGAGCAGCUUGUACUGAAGCAGGAGACUGAUACCUUUAUGUUGACUCCUACUUAUGAGGAAAGGGACCACAGUGAAGGUCAGACUCUGAACUUCAAUCCUGAUGAUGACACUCUAAGUGCAGCAGAGAAAGAGUCUGUAGCCAACAUGCCAGUUAUAACCUCUGUGGUAUCAGAAGCAAACAGUGACCACCAGCUCCUCUCUCCCAACUCUCAUGAAGCUGAGAGCCAAGAUCAGAAAGGAGGCAAGCAUGGAGACUCAGGACCAACUAGAAAUGCAGAGCCAGAACCAAAGAAGAGACGACGCAAGAGCAGAAGUCACAGCAACAACGUAGACAACACUAACGUGUCAGAGAUUCACCCUAAUACUCAAACAGAGCUCCCACAGCAACAUGUCUGUAAGGAGGAGGAGGUUCUCUCUGACCAGCAGCUCAACAUGCCAGUUAUAACCUCUGUGGUAUCAGAAGCAAACAGUGACCACCAGCUCCUCUCUCACAACUCUCAUGAAGCUGAGAGCCAAGAUCAGAAAGAAGACAAGCAUGGAGACUCAGGACCAACUAGAAAUGCAGAGCCAGAACCAAAGAAGAGUCAACGCAAGAGCAGAAGUCACAGUAACAAUGUAGACAACACUAACGUGUCAGAGAUUCACCCUAAUACUCAAACAGAGAUCCCACAGCAACAUGUCUGUAAGGAGGAGGAGGUUCUCUCUGACCAGCAGCUCAACAUGCCAGUUAUAACCUCUGUGGUAUCAGAAGCAAACAGUGACCACCAGCUCCUCUCUCACAACUCUCAUGAAGCUGAGAGCCAAGAUCAGAAAGGAGGCAAGCAUGGAGACUCAGGACCAACUAGAAAUGCAGAGCCAGAACCAAAGAAGAGACGACGCAAGAGCAGAAGUCACAGCAACAACGUAGACAACACUAACGUGUCAGAGAUUCACCCUAAUACUCCAACAGAUCAGAAAGGAGGCAAGCAUGGAGACUCAGGACCAACUACAAAUGCAGAGCCAGAACCAAAGAAGAGACGACGCAAGAGCAGAAGUCACAGCAACAACGUAGACAACACUAACGUGUCAGAGAUUCACCCUAAAACUCAAACAGAGCUCCCACAGCAACAUGUCUGUAAGGAGGAGGAGGUUCUCAACUCUCAUGAAGCUGAGAGCCAAGAUCAGAAAGGAGGCAAGCACGGAGACUCAGCAACAACUAGAAAUGCGGAGCCAGAACCAAAGAAGAGACGACGCAAGAGCAGAAGUCACAGUAACAACGUAGACAACACUAACGUGUCAGAGAUUCACCCUAAUACUCAAACAGAGCUCCCACAGCAACAUGUCUGUAAGGAGGAGGAGGUUCUCUCUGACCAGCAGCUCAACAUGCCAGUUAUAACCUCUGUGGUAUCAGAAGCAAACAGUGACCACCAGCUCCUCUCUCACAACUCUCAUGAAGCUGAGAGCCAAGAUCAGAAAGGAGGCAAGCAUGGAGACUCAGGACCAACUAGAAAUGCAGAGCCAGAACCAAAGAAGAGAAGACGCAAGAGCAGAAGUCACAGCAACAACGUACACAACACUAACGUGUCAGAGAUUCACCCUAAUACUCCAACAGAGCUCCCACAGCAACAUGUCUGCAAGGAGGAGGAGGUUCUCUCUGACCAGCAGCUCAACAUGCCAGUUCUAACCUCUGUGGUAUCAGAAGCAAACAGUGACCACCAGCUCCUCUCUCCCAACUCUCAUGAAGCUGAGAGCCAAGAUCAGAAAGGAGGCAAGCAUGGAGACUCAGGAUCAACUAGAAAUGCAGAGACAGAACCAAAGAAGAGACGACGCAAGAGAAGAAGUCACAGUAACAACGUAGACAACACUAACGUGUCAGAGAUUCACCCUAAAACUCAAACAGAGCUCCCACAGCAACAUGUCUGUAAGGAGGAGGAGGUUCUCUCUGACCAGCAGCUCAACAUGCCAGUUAUAACCUCUGUGGUAUCAGAAGCAAACAGUGACCACCAGCUCCUCUCUCACAACUCUCAUGAAGCUGAGAGCCAAGAUCAGAAAGGAGGCAAGCAUGGAGACUCAGGAUCAACUAGAAAUGCAGAGCCAGAACCAAAGAAGAGACGACGCAAGAGCAGAAGUCACAGUAACAACGUAGACAACACUAACUUGUCAGAGAUUCACCCUAAUACUCAAACAGAGCUCCCACAGCAACAUGUCUGUAAGGAGGAGGAGGUUCUCUCUGACCAGCAGCUCAACAUGCCAGUUAUAACCUCUGUGGUAUCAGAAGCAAACAGUGACCACCAGCUCCUCUCUCCCAACUCUCAUGAAGCUGAGAGCCAAGAUCAGAAAGGAGGCAAGCAUGGAGACUCAGGACCAACUAGAAAUGCAGAGCCAGAACCAAAGAAGAGAAGACGCAAGAGCAGAAGUCACAGCAACAACGUAGACAACACUAACGUGUCAGAGAUUCACCCUAAUACUCAAACAGGUAAAAAGUCUUUCAUAUGUGACACAUGUGGGAAAGACUUAAACCUGUCCUAG